AGCAUAGGAGAUGUUCAUGUUCGGGUGAGCAUUGGAGCCAUGGUUUGCGAUGCUCCUGCAAGGAGCUAUGUCAAAUGUAUUGUUGGCCACACUGGCUAUUAUGCGUGCGAGCGAUGCAACCAAAAAGGGCAGCACCUUGAGAACAGGGUGACAUUUCCCAGACUUCAUGCAGCUGCACGGACAAAUGUAUCAUUUCGAUCUCAAGAGAACAAGCACCACCAUUCUGGUGUUUCACCAUUCCUUUCCCUUGACGUCGACGUGAUUGCAUUCUUCCCAUCUGAAUACAUGCAUCUCGUUUGCCUGGGAGUCAUGCGACGACUUUUAAGGAAUUGGGUAUGCCAAGGCCACAAUAACAGACUGAGCAGACUGUAUCGCAAUCAACUGAAUGAAAGCCUGCGAGAGGCAUCCAAGGCCUUUCCAACAUGUUUUCAGCGGAAACCAAGGGGUACAGAAGAGCUUGAUCGGUGGAAGGCAACAGAGUUUCGGACAUUCCUCCUUUAUGUGGGGCCUGUUGUCCUAAAGCCUCUUCUGCCUGCUUCUCAGUACAAGCAUUUUGUAAUGUUUCAUGUGGCGGUCAGAAUUUUAGCAUCGCCUCAGCACUACCGUGAGUACAAUGUUUUUGCCAAAGAUUUGCUAAGGUAUUUUGUUCAGGAGCUUAGUGAGCUAUACGGGAAAAAACAGCUCGUGUACAAUGUACACUCACUAAUUCAUCUUGCUGACCAGUGCCUAGACCAUGGCCCUUUAGAUGAGUUUAGUGCAUUCCCUUUCGAAAGCUAUCUUGGACGAAUUAAAAAGUUGCUGCGAUCUUCCAACAAGCCACUUUCGCAGCUAAGUAGGAGAAUUUCUGAACUGAGGCACUCAUCCAGGAACCAAGUCAAGCAGAAACUGCAACAUGUGAAGCCUGGAGACUGCUUCCUGAUUGACAGUACUCCUGUGGUGGUUCUGGAGAUAAUGGCAGACCACUUCAAGGGUGGGAUUUUGCCAAAUGCCAGGGACUUUUUCAAACUUCCACUGAAGUCGUCUCAGUUGAAUAUCUGGCGCUGCAAUACGUUGAGUAACGAAAGAAAGGUCUGGCAUCUUGAUGACCUUCAGAACACAGCUCGGUGUCUGAGGCUAAACUACAAGCAAGGACAUGUUGUUAUUCCUCUUUUGCACUUUCACUGAAGCUGUCAGUGGCCGUUGGGCUUGUAGUGACCCAAACUGCCUUAGUCAGCCGUCCAACUGCCACAUAGCAUGCCGUUCAAACACUUACGGCAAGCAUGCUGAUAGCUGUACAACCAGGACACAUUGCAUGUCAAUUCUCCAAGGUGCUACACCAGCUGUCAUUCACGCUUCUGCUGUGUUUUCACCGCAUCAGGCUCACACUGCCAUGCCUCUUCAGAAGUCACUGCUCACACUGGGGCGCAUCACAACCUCCAUGACUUAGUUACCGAGUGGCGCAGCAGAGCGUCUGAGCCAUCCAGUUCCCCUGCAUCACGGAUACCACCUGAGCCUGCACCUAGCUUUCUGAAACUUCAGUUGUGCCUUUGAUAUCUCCACUUUCUACGUGUUGAAGUACACUUCAUCUGGAACAAGUUGCAGCACGGAAGACUAAACGGCCCUCUUCAGGGCCACCCAAACUAUAUGACUGGCAGGGACAUGGUAACUCCCAUCUCUGCCUUCGUACACCCUCUAGA